UGACUGCCCCAGGAAUUGGGAGGGGCAAGGGCGGGUCUAAAACGCUGAGUGCUAGUUCUUGGUUGCUAUGGUAACGCGUCAGCUCGGACAGAGCUGGUGGUGGAGCCUGCAGCUGAAGCGACCGCAGAGAUGCCACUAAGCACAAGGGAUACCUCAAGCCCUUCAUCCACUGCUUCCAACCGGUCACGGAACAGGACUCGCUAUCGGACCAAAGCCAUGAACUCUGAGGUAGACGAGAGCCUUUUUGGAGGUAUCAAGCCUUCAUCCCAGGGCAAGAGCGACAGCCCUAUCGUGGUGAUCCGUGAUAAGCAUGCCAUCCGAAAAACUCUCAGUGCGCUGGGCUUGGACCACAAGCCGGAGACAAUCCAGCUCAUCACCAGAGACAUGGUCAGAGAGCUCAUUGUUCCCACAGAAGACCCAUCUGGGGAAUCUCUAAUCAUCAGCCCUGAGGAGUUUGAGCGGAUCAAAUGGGCAUCCCAAGUCCUGACCAAAGAAGAAUUGAAUGCUAGAGAGCAGGCCCUCAAGAAGGAGAAGGAAGCCAUUUUGGAAGCAGUCACAAUUCGCAAGAAGAUCAUGAAGCAGAAGGAGAUGGCCUGGAACAAUAACAAGAAGCUAAGUGACCUGGAGGAGGUGGCCAGGGAUAGGGCCCAGAACCUUCUGCAGAGAGCCAGCAAGCUCCGCAUGGAGCAGGAGGAGGAGCUCAAGCACAUGAGCAAGAUUAUUCUGAAUGCCAAGUGCCAUGCCAUCCGGGAUGCCCAGAUCUUGGAGAAGCAGCAGAUAAAGAAGGAGUUGGAUGAAGAGGAGAGGCGGUUGGAUCACAUGAUGGAAAUAGCCCGGCGGGAAUCCCUCCAAAGGCAGGAGGAUCGGGAGAGGAAAAGGAGGGAGGAGAGAGUACGGGGAAACCGGCACAUAGUGGAGCAGAUGAAGAAGAAUGAAGAGGAGAGAUCGCUGCAGGCAGAGCACCGCGAACAGGAGAAGGAGCAGAUGCUGGCGUACCUGGAGCGGCUCCAGGAGGAGGAUUUGCAGGAUCUGGAACGAAGACAUCAGGAAAAGCUGAAGAUGCAAGCUGAAAUUAAACGUAUCAACGAUGAGAACCAGAGGCAGAAAGCAGAGAUGCUGGCACAGGAGAGGCUGGCAGACCAGAUGGUGAUGGAAUUUACCAAGAAGAAGAUGGCUCGGGAGGCAGAGUAUGAAGCUGAGCAGGAGAAAAUACGGAAGGAGAAAGAGAAGGAGAUCGCCCGCCUGAGGGCCUUGCAGGAGAAGGCGCAGGAUUAUCGAGCAGAGCAGGAUGCCUUGCGGGCCAAGCGCAACCAAGAGGUUGCAGAUCGAGAGUGGCGCCGAAAGGAAAAGGAAAACGCGAAGAAGAAGAUAGAGACAGAGGAAAAGCUGCGCAAAAGCCGGCUGGAGCAGGUGGCAUUCAAGGAACACACACUGGCUGUUCAGGUUCAGCGGGACCGAGAUGAGUUCGAGAGGAUCCUUCGGGCUCAGAGACAGCAGAUUGAGAAGGAGAAGCAGGAGCAGGAGAAAAAGGCCGCGGGGUGCCUCCAGCAUGCCAACGAGCUCCGAAGGCAGGUGCGUGAGAACCAGCAGAAGCACGUGCAGAACCGGCUCGCUACCUUCGAAGAGGGCCGACGCCUCAAGGAGGAAGCCGAGAAGCGUCGGGAGCGCAUCGAGGACAUCAAGAAACAAAAGCUGGAAGAGCUGAGAGCCACCGGACUUCCUGAGAAGUACUGUAUCGAAGCUGAACGCAAAGCCAACAUCCUGCCAACGACUUCUGUAAACUGAAGGGGGAGCCUCCGUGGUCUCUGGGAGAGCAUGGAUUCAGCUUCGUCCUUGGGGCAUCCGAGUUGCUGCUUAACCUCGACAUUUCAUAGUUACAGAUUAAAGCUAUUCUAUUCUCUAA